AUGCUUGCGAUUCUCCUAUUCUCGACAAUUGGCGCCUACAAAAUUGGCGUGCCGUCGCCAUUCGAACACCAAUUGGCGCCAAUAAUCAACGCAAUCGAUCAUCGCAUUCAAGUGGUUCCCUACGAUAUUCAGCCAUUAUUUCGAAUUGGCGAUGAAAUUUGCGUCGCUGCCAAACACGGCAUCAUCGGAAUCAUAUUGCCGCCGGCGAUUGGCGGAAGACGGGCGGCGGCGGCGAUCGCGCGCAGCCGCGCCGCCUCCGCCGCCAUUCCGCACGUCGGCCUCGAUGAUGUCGGCGUCGAGGCGGAAGCCCGCGCGCGCGCCGCCGCCGAAUUCAUCAAAACCGAAAAGUGGACGGAAAUUGUGGCGAUUUUCGAGCACCCUGAUGAGCUUCUCGGCGUCACCGAUUUGAUAACCCUCGGCCAUUUUCAUCCGAACGCGUUCACCACACAAUUGGUUCGUCUCAAGCACGCCGAUGAGUUUGGCGUCGAGCUGAAACACAUCAAAAAUCGGCUUGAUCGCUAUCGUAUCGUGUUGAAUAUCCCGUGGCGAAAAUCGCUGCGAUUCCUCCAGCAGGCGGCGAAUCUCUCAAUGUGCGGCGUUCUCUAUCACUAUGUAAUUCUCGACGCGGACCUCGUCACACACGAUCUCAACACGGUGGCGGGCAUCGAUGAUUGCAAUGUGACGAGCUUCGCGAUGUUCGAUGUUCGCGCAAAGGAGGCGCGCGAGGCGCGCGCGCGUCUCGCCCUCCCGAUUACGGUAGCUAUAUGGUACGACACGAUUGGCCUUCUUUUGCGUUCGCUCAACUCGAUCGAGUUUCGCGCGACGCCGAAAUGCGGCGAGAUUUGGCGCCACGGCGAAAUCGCCAUGGAGUUGAUGUAUACGAACGCCACGUUUCGCGGCAUCACCGGCGAGUUCUAUUUCAACGCCGAACGCCAACGACGCAACUACACGCUUCACGUCUACAAGCGAACGAAUCAUGAGCUCGAAAAAUACGCGGAAUGGAACGAGCACACGAAUCGAAUCGUCUCGUCGACGCGUCGGCCACCAUCAUCGUCGUCGUCGCCGACAUCAUCAAACGUCAGCGAGAAGUUGUCGUUGGAAGGACGCCAUCUGAAGGUCACCGUCUACCUCGAGGCGCCGUUCGUGAUGAUUCGCCGCGACGACGCCGCCUACGAGGGCUACUGCAUCGAUUUGUUGGCGAAAAUCGCGGCGCUUCUCAAAUUCAACUACACGAUUCGGACGGUGCACGACGACGCGUACGGCACGCGCGGGCCCAACGGCAAAUGGAGCGGCAUGGUCGGCGAACUUCAGCGAGGCGAGGCCGAUCUUGCCGUCGCCUCGCUAACCAUCAGCUACGGUCGAAGCGAGGUCAUCGACUUCACCGUGCCCUAUAUGCAUUUGGGCAUUUCGAUACUAUUCAAGAAACCGCGUCCCGACGAUUCCGACUACUUCCGAUUCCUCGAUCCGCUGAGCGCGCAAGUCUGGAUGAUGACGUUCGCCUCAUAUGUCAUGAUUAGUGUGGCAAUUUGGCUAAUUGCCAAAAUCAGCCCCUACGAGCAAUUCGAGAUGGACGCCGAUGGGACCUAUCGAAACACGGGCAACCAGUUCGCGUUGCGCAACGCCUUCUGGUUCGCCGUGUGCUCGCUGAUGCAGCAGGGCAGCGAGCUGUGUCCGCGCGCCGCCUCCACGCGCCUCAUCACCGCCGUCUGGUGGUUCUUCGCGCUCAUUCUCAUCUCGUCGUACACGGCGAAUCUCGCCGCCGUGCUCACCGCCCGUCGAAUGGUGACGCCGAUCGAGAACGCCGACGAUCUUGUGGCACAAACGAAAAUCAAGUACGGCUCGUUGGGAGGCGGCUCGACGAUGUCGUUCUUCAAAGAAUCCAAAAUCGAGACCUAUGAGCGAAUGUGGCAGGUGAUGUCGAGCCAACCGGGCCUUCUUGUGCAAUCAUCGGCCGAGGGCAUCAAAAAAGUCAAGACGUCCGAUUACGCGUAUCUCAUGGAGUCGUCGAUGCUCGAGUACGCGGUGGAACGCGAUUGCGAGCUAAUGCAAAUCGGCGGCCUCAUCGAUCAGAAGGGCUACGGAAUCGGUUUGCCGAAAGGCUCGCCGUAUCGCGAGCUCAUUUCGACGGCGAUUCUACGCCUUCAGGAGAAGACCGAGCUCACCGAGCUCAAAGAGAAAUGGUGGAAAGACAAAAGUGUGGUGUGCGAGCAGUCGCGACGCAAAGAUCAGGACGACGGCGAGUCGAUCGGCGGCAUUUUCGUCAUUCUUGUCGUUGGACUCGUCCUCACAAUGAUUCUUGUGAUAUGGGAAUUGAUUGCGACGCGGCGAAAUGCCGCCGCUGCCGCCGCGCGAUCUGCAAGCAUUAUCACAAUUCCGACGAUUCGCCUCGAUUUUUUUAAUGAAAUUAGAAUAAUGGGCGACGGGAAAAGCCAAAUACUCAACAUUCAACCAUCGCGAGAGCUCGUUUUUCAAGGCCCAUUCACUGAUAUCGUCACCUCGUAUAUCACGCUAACGAAUCCAUCACCGAAGCCAGUGUGCUUCAAAGUCAAAACCACUGUUCCCAAGAAGUAUUGUGUUAGGCCAAAUUUCGGAUUGAUUCAUGCUGGCGACAAAAAAGUGAUAACCGUGAUGCUUCAGCCAAUGGAUGAGCCGCCAUCAGACGCCGUCCGCCAUAAGUUCAUGGUGCAAUCGUGUUUCGCGCCCAGCGACGGCGUUGUCGAUAUCGAUUCGGUGUGGAAGGUGGUCGAGUCGAGCGAUUUGAUGUACAGCAAACUGAAGGUAGUGUUCGUCAACAAAGAGGGCAAAACGGAGGAGACCAAAAACGCCGAUGGCGAUUCGUACGCGACAGUGGCGCAAGUCUCGGAUCUUGACGCCGGCAACACAUCGCAACAGGACUCGGAAACGAUUGCCUCUCUUCGUCGAACCCUCCAGAAAACAAUUGAUGAGAAGGAGUCGCUUCGUACGCAAGUGGAGUGUUUACAUCAUCAGAUCAACGAGCUGUUCCAAACAAUUCGCAUGCUUCAGAGGAAAAAGGAGGCCAAUCUUGCCGUCGCCGUCGGCGGCACACUCGGCGAGAUUCGUGCGAUGAUGCUAAUCAAUUUCAAUUGUGGCCCAUGUUGUCCCGAACAUCAUUGA